GGGCGCUGUCCGAAGCAUCGAUCGGCCGUUUUCGGGUUUCGGGGUUUGAAGACUUGGCCGUGGCAUCAUGUUGAGCAUCCAAAAGGAGCUUGCUUCCAGGUCUUUAGCGCCGUCUCUGCGUGUGGUGCUCGCCUCUGCCGCUUUGCGCAGCCUUCGACGGAUACCCACCCGUGGCUUUGCCUCCCGACGGAGCGAGCAGAAGACGAAGGAUUCUGAAGGGCAAGGCGAAAGUGCUCAAAGUGAAGAAGCUGCCCAACCCCAAGCGCAAACCUUUGGCGAAAAGUUCGUGGUCUUCGGCCUGGCACUGCGUGGCAUGGCCUUGCUGCCGCGCUUUGCUCCAGCUGCCCAGCUGCUGCGUGUGGCUGGCGUGGGGCCCAUGGCAGUAGGAGCCGUUGUGAGUUUGUACGAGCUGGGUGGCUGGCCGCUGCUAUUGGCGGUCCCCGGCACGGCGACGCUGGCCCUCUCAGCGUCUGUGCUUGUGGAAUCCAACUUGGAAGAGCAGCUGCGGGCGGAUGUGCUGCAGCGCCUGAGUGAUGAGGUGCCUCCUGCGCUGUUGGAGGCGCUGCGCUCGGCGGAAGUGAAGAGCUUCGAGACCAACCGCUGCAAAAUCGAGGCGCAAAUUCGUGAUGGCGGCGUGUCUUGGCACCUGGAGGUCCGAGCGGAACGGAGGAGCUUUCCGUUGCAGUGGCAAUUGACCAACAUGCAGGUGCGCACAGGGCGUCCCUCGAGCCAGAAAGGGCUGCCGCCACAGACCAGAGAUUGGAAGCCACAGGAAGAGCACCUGGAGUAGGAAGCCUCAGGCGGAGGCAGACCACCAGGUCGUGGUUCUUGGAGCAUUUUGUAAGCUUUGGGGUGGAAACAUUGAAGGGAAUGAGUACUGUAGAUUCUGAAAAUUUCUGGUAUAGCCACUUGUCCAGUGCUUCAACUUCGAAAGUUGGAAAGCAACCUCUGGGCCUCGUGCUUUCACUUCCCGUCGUUCCCGUACGGGGUGAAGACGGCUUCAAUCAUCCAACAUAUUGGGACUCGGACGCAAAAACAGAGACAUCGGACGCAUGGUAGCGGUCCGAUCGCUCCGUUCGUAGCGGUGCCCGAAAUGCUCCGUUCGUAGCGUCCGAUCUCUCCUAGUAAGGCCAGGAGCCCCGAACGUAGCGUCCUUGCUCCUAGUAACUAGUAGCAUUGUAGCAUACUAAUCCUGGAACUGACAUGUUGAAGGAGGCUUCAAAGGACCUGCAGACCAAAGCAUGGUCGGCUUCGCAGUGACUGCUGAGGUGGACCACAGUGGCCAUGAGCGAGUGAGAAACGCCCAGUCUGACGAACAACGUGCGGCGAGCGAGGGCCCGUCGACCGUGGCGCUGGGCCUAUGGCCUUUGGGAGGAUACCAUCGAUGAGAGGGAAAGACUUUGCC